UUGUGUGUCACCGUAUUCGUAACUGGCAUGUCAGUCUGUGCACUCCUUCACGAAUAUCUUCCUACAAGGAAACCCACAAAAUGAGGCUGAGGUUUCACUGCAGAACUUUGCCAGUUGGUUUGAUGUUUAAUUUCUUUGUUCUACUUCUUCAUCCUGUUUCUACUCAAAAAAACAGAGAUCAGGUUUAUUUCUUGGAAAAAAAUUAUGAUGACAUUAUACUCGAAAGACCAGACAAUCCUCGAAAUGGCCCUUUUGUCUUGGAAUGGAAACCACACUCAGAGCAACACACCUACCAGAUGGGGACUUUCACCAGAGACGUCUCAGGAUGGUGGAUUGGAAAUUGGAACGACGACUGGAGAUUGAUUAACUUGCACCAGGAAAUGAGAUUGGAUUAUAGUACUGGUAAUCUGAUAAUUAACAGACCCAACUUUAAAUUUGCAGGAUUAUUCACUUUAACUCAAGCACAGAAAAUCAUGAAGCAAUAUGAAAUAUUUGGAAUCAAAGUUGAGAUGAGUCCACAGCAGCCUCUGUUGGGCAGUGACGUCACCCUCAGCUGUACCAUCUCCAGACUCCCAGAUACCGUCAGUCUCCACUGGAAACCAGUGGGCUCAUCCCAGCAGAACAGGAGAAACACUGAUCAGAUCCGCCUGAAUAACACUGUCUAUCUGAUGGUCCGACACGUUACAGUGAAGGAUGGGAAGUUGUUUCAGUGUGAAGUGCGGGAAAACGGAAACAUUGUUCUCACAAGCAAAGCAGAUUUUACUGUAGACACACAUUUAUAUCAGAAGCGUUACACCCUUUAUCGUCCCAGCACAGAGUACAGUGAACUCCACCUGGUUUGCUAUUAUCCUUCUGCUUACACUCAUGGUCAGUGGACCUGGAAGUCACGUCAACCACAGGACCAACAGAAACAAAUAGCAUCUGCAACAAUCCAUCAGCCCAUCAAUGUCAACAGCACCGACUUUGAGAAUCGACUGAUGACCUCGGUGAAAAAAUUCAAUGGCAAGAAUUUCAGUGUGAGGAUUGUCCCGGUUUUAUUUGGAGAUGCCGGAGUUUACACAUGUUUUCUGGAAACAAAUACAUUUCUGACCAUUGAGUUAAUCACAGUGAAAGUCACAGCUGAACCAUCUGAUACAGUGACUGAGGGAGACACCGUUACCCUGAGCUGCUCUGUGUCUGACGUCACUGCAUCAACCAGACUGGUUUGGAUCAACGGAGACGGCAAAACCAUUGGAGACAAAACACCGACUGGGGAAGAGAAAUCACUGGGUCUGAUCGUACAGAAAGCUGAGAGAGGCAGAGGGAAAUGGAUGUGUGGUGUGUUUGAUCAAGACAGGCUCCGGAUUAUCGUCCCAUAUUAUCAGGAGCUCAGUGGAAGCAGGAAUUCUAUUUACUUUCUCCAUCAGGAAGGGAACUUUGUAUUGAAGGGGCCAGACAAUCCUAGAAGUGACUCCGUUGAUUUGGAAUGGAGAUCACACACAGGGCAACAAACCACAAAGCGAUUGGCCACUUUUCACAGAGAAGAUCAGCGGUGGGCCGUACAUUGGAGUGAUGAGUUCAGUAAAAUACCAGACAUUUCGGAGAGGUUACAUGUGGACUGGGGUACCCUUAAUCUGAGAAUCAGGGAGCCCACCUUUCAACUUGCAGGACUGUUCACCUGGAAUCAGACACAGUCCGGUGGGAAAAUCCUGAGACAAUGUGAAAUACUUGGGAUCAAAGUUGAGACCGACUCACAGAGACCUGUAAUGGGCAGUGACGACACCCUCAGCUGUACCAUCUCCAGACUCCCAGAUACCGUCAGUCUCCACUGGAAACCAAGAGGCUCAUCCCAGAGGAACAACAACACUGAUCAGAUCCACCUGAAUAACACCGUCUAUCUGAUGGUCCGACACGUUGGAACAGGAGAUCCCAGUCUGUACACGUGGGAAGUGCAGGAAAAUGGCUCCAUUGUUCUCACUGGAGACACCAAUGUUAGAGUGGAUGACCAUUUACACAAUAAGAAGUACACUGUUUAUCGGUCAGACAUAGAUCACAGUGAACUCAAGCUGAUUUGUGAAACUUAUUCUGAGCUUUAUGAAACCAAAUGGACUUGGAAGUCACAUUUCCAGAACCGAGAGAUGGAAAUAGCUACUGCCUACAGAUCUCAACCUAUCAAUGUCAGUCGGAGGAGCUACUUCGAGAACCGACUGAGAACUACAGGGGAAAGUCUGAAUGACACGAAUUUCAGAGUGAGGAUUGUUCCUGUGAAGUUUGAAGAUGCCGGAGUUUACACAUGUUCUCUGAGUUCACAUCAAUACGUGACCAUUGAAUUAAUCACAGUUAGAGUCACAGUUGAACCACCCGAUGCAGUGACUGAGGGAGACUCCAUUACCCUGACCUGUUCUGUGGCUGGGGUCAGUGAAUCAAUGAGACUGGUUUGGAUCAACAGGGAUGGUGAAACUGUGGAUGAGAAAAUAUUCAUGGAACGGAAGAAUGACUCUUUGCAGCUGAUUAUUCCAACAGUCGAUAAAGUCCAAAGAAAAUGGAUGUGUGUUUUGUUUCAUCAAAACAGACCCAAGAUUUUUAUUCCAUAUUAUCUUCAGGUGAACAAGGUUUCUAGUUUUAAACACACCACUGUCGUAAUUACUGGUGGACUGGCCCUUCUCCUCAUCAUUAUCCUGGUGAUGGUGUUGUGUCUAAGAAGGCGCAAGGUUACAGGGUUGGAAAAUCAAAGACAGAAAUCACGAAGGACAGAGAGGAACACAGAAGAUCAUUCCAACCUUGAUGCAAAUACAAACGAAAUCCAGCCAAUACAAGGAUACCCGAAGUUGCUUCUUGAAAAUCAAGCAAAUGAAAUGAAAUGCUUAAAUGAUAGGAUGCAAAAUGGAGAUGAAAAGUGGCAGAUGGAGUUCAACCCAGGAACUAAUGAGAUUCUGGAGCCUGAGACCAGCCAUAUUGCUGAAUAUAUGUCUGUGAGGAGGAAGGCAAAACAAGAAGACACAGAUGAAAAUAUUCAUUAUGCAUCCAUCUGCUUCGAGAAAAAUGCGCCAGGGGAGAGACAUGCCACACCAUCCUCCAAUCAAGUGUCAGAUACUAACCUGCCUUCUUCAAAUGACAAUGUCUCAUCUGUUAUCUAUGCACAGAUAACUAAAAAACAGAAAUGAACAAUCUUCCGAGAACAGAAAGGAAGGGCUUGGAGUCGAUAUGUGGAAAGUAGUAUAUUUUGAAAUUAUUUUUUAUAUUUUAGGUUUGUGAUGUACAUUCAUGAAUAUAUUUGCCCUGAGUUAACAUAAUUCAAUCAUCUCAUUGUCACUUCUGACUUACAAAUGAGAAUCAUUUCUUUAAAAACAAUUUCAGUAUUUUGUUUCAAUUUCUAUAGACACUAUGUGCGAAAAAAAGAACAGCGUCAUUAUGCAAGAUAGAUUAAAUGGUGUGGGCACGUUUGUUACCAGUACAACUAGUAUGAAUCGUGGGCAGGUUAUAUUGGUGUCAGAAGCGUGGCAACACUUGUGGGCAGCCCUCUGCACAAUCCUUGGUCUGUGUUGUCAUUUAUGCAAAUGUUUCACUUCAUGUUUCAAUGUUUUGAUGUAAAUGUAACGAGUAAAAGCUAGUCUUUAGUAUUUCAGAGCUCGUCGUGAUAAACAAUAAUGAUUUCAAUAAAGCACGACAAGGUUAGAUGAAAGCGCUAUGAAGGACACUAGCCUAUUUACAACAGGUCUGGCCUUUGUGUGCACUUAGUUAUCUAAUCUAUGCUGGUGAAAGGAUAAAGCCUAUUGAAAACUAAAUGUGGAAGGUGGUGGCGAGCUCCAUUCUUGAUUCAUUGAGGUCCUCCUAGUGAGUGUACUGUCCACUACUGGUGAGAAGGUAAAUGAUUCUGACCUAAAGAUAAUGGAAGAAUGACAAUAUACACUCAGUCACCACUUUAUUAGGUACCACUCCUGUGCUAAAUAAAGUGGCCACUGAGUGUAUGUUUGUGGUAUUCUGCUGCUGUAACCCCUCCAUUUCAAGGUUGUUGUGUUGUGUGUUCAGAGAUGCUGUUCUGCACACCACUGUUGUAUUGUGUGGUUAUUUAAGUUAUUGUCACUUCUUUGAUAAGUGUAGCUUGAAGUUUGUCAACUUGAACUAACUUGACCAUUCUCCUCUGACCUCUCUCAUUAACAAGGUGUAUUCAUCCACAGAACUGGCAGCUACAGGAUGUUUUUAUUUUGCUUUUGUGCCAUUCUUUGUAAACUUUAGAGACUGAUCUGCAUGAAAUUCUCAGGAAAUCAGCAGAUUCUGAGAUGCUCAAAUCAACUGUUCCGGCACCAGCAAUCAUUCCGUGGUCAAAGUCACUUAGAUCAAAUUUCUUCCCAAUUCUGCUGUUUGCUGUCAACAACAAUUAAACCUCUUGACCAUGUCUGCAUGUUUUGAUGCAUUGAGUUGCUGCCACAUGAUUGGCAGAUUAGAUAUUUGUGUUGAUGAGCAGGUGUGUAGUAUACCUAUUAAAGUGGCCACUGAGUGUGUUUCCACAUUAGGAUUCGAAGUGACUUGGAGGGACUUGGAGAAGACACGAUAUGCCUGCAGCCCUUGGUGGUUGGUGCAGCAUGUUUAAAAUUCACUGACAAAGUGUGUUUAUUGAGUAGUUACAGUACAUUUUGUAGAGGCAGCUAAUGGAGUCCUCUUGAUGAAUAGCCAGAUUAAUUGUGUGGGAAACAAAUGGAAUUUACAAGCAGAAGACAGGGAGGUGUGAUUUCUAUAGAAGGAUAAACCAAUGUGUAUUCAAGAGAGCAUGAUCCCGACUAAACUGACAACUCAGAGUGUGCUUAUAUUUAGUUUAAAGUGUUACGAGAAUACACAUAAAAUUAAGAUGUUUGCUGGCCUGGGCUAGCAUCAGUGGCAUCAGCAGUUGGUCUGCCACCUGCCCUCAGGGGAAGGAGAGAUAAGGAACAAUGGAGCAGCAUCUGGAGAUGUGUAAUGAAGGGAUGUGGGAGAGAGAGCUGUCUGGAGCGGCUCCCCCCUUUGAACCCUGAACUGUUUGAAGUGAUGGACAGGCGAUACCCCAGCAGGGGGAUAAAAAGGGACAGGUUCGCUAAGACAGACACACACGCCACCCGAGGUAACGAGACCCUGGAAGCGGUGCGCCUCUCACGAGUGGGUGAGAAGUGCCAGACAACGACCAGGGUGGAAAGGUACGAUCAGCGGGAACCCGGUGUGUGUCCGCCCUUGCCUGGGUGCCGGGUUCACUGCAGAGGAUCGACCGCAUCUGGAGGAGGGGUCACAGUCGGUGACCUCAGGUGACAUCACCAAGGACCCGCCCCAAAUGCUGUUUGUGAGCCAUCUUGCUGGUCUGUGAGUGAGGCAGUGUUCUGAAUGAUCAGUUGUUCCUAUUCUAUGUCUCUCUUCCCCCACCUUGUCCAUCGCCAUGGCAACGAUUACUGCGAACUGAACUACUAACUGGACUGAACUUUGAGUCAUUUUGAAAUUGGUCAUUUACCCCUAGACAACGAUAGAGCUUGAUUGAUGCUGUUAUCUUAAUUCUGUGCACAUGUGUGGUUAUCAUUGUUGAAUUGUUGCAUUUAUUAUCCUUUCAAUUACUGUGUUGCUUGUUUCUUUAAUAAAACUUUCUUAGUUCUAGUACUCCAGACUCCAACUGAGUGAUCCAUUUCUGCUGGU